AUGGCACUGGUCACCCUGCUGGAUGACCUAUUGAGGGAGGCCAACUGUGGCAAAACUUCCUUGUCGGUCCUCGAUAUCUCAGCCACCUUUGAUAACGGUCAACCACGGUCUCCUCCUGGGGAGGCUCUCCAAGGUUUAGAAAUCCCAGGUCAGAGGAUAUUCACUUGGAAGCGCCAGGAUUUUCACUUCUCUCUUCUUUCCUCUUGUGACAGGUUUCAGAAACAUGUUCAUACCUACCGGAUUUUGCCUGACGAGGAGGAUUUUCUGGCCGUGCAGACGUCCCAGGGGGUCCCGGUGCGGCGGUUCAAGACCCUGAGCGACCUCAUUGCGCUCUACCUGCAGCCGAACCAGGGCCUGGUUUGCACCCUCCUCUUCUCGGUGGAGCGGGAGAAGGAGAAGGAGAACGUCGAGGACAGGGACUAUUCAGAUGGGGAGGACGAGAAGCCCCCGUUACCGCCCCGCUCGGGAUCCACCAACAUUCCAGGUGGCACUGCCGCCUCUGGCCUGGCGUCCAACAACCCUGCCGUGCAGGACGGGAGUCUUGAAGGUGCCACCAAUGGGCUCAGCACCGUCUCCCAUGAAUACCUGAAAGGCAGCUAUUCCCUGGACCUGGAAGCGGUCAAGGCAGGUGCCAGCAGCCUGCCCCACCUCAACAAAACCCUGGUCACCUCCUGCAAGCGGCUGCACAGCGAAGUGGACAAAGUUUUGUCCGGCCUGGAGAUCCUGUCCAAGGUCUUCGACCAGCAAAGCUCCCCUAUGUUGUCCCGGAUUCUGCAGCAGACGGCUGGUCAGACAGGAGAACAGGAGUUGGAGAGUCUGGUCUUGAAGCUCUCCAUCUUGAAGGACUUCCUGUCCACCAUCGAGAAGAAGGCGCUGAAGGCUCUCCAGGACAUGAGCUCCACCGCCCAGCCGGGUCCGGCUCAGCCGUCCUCCCGCAAAACCAAGAGCAUUCCGGUUCACGCCUUCGAGGUGAAGCUGGACCUGACGUUAGGAGACCUUGCCAAAAUCGGGAAAUCCCAAAAGUAUACCUUAAGCGUGGACGUGGAGGGCGGGAAACUGGUGGUGCUGAAGAAGCAGAAGGAUUCCCAGGAGGACUGGAACACCUUCACGCACGACAAGAUCCGCCAGCUGAUAAAGUCCCAACGGGUGCAGAAUAAGCUGGGCAUCGUCUUUGAGAAGGAGAAAGACAAGUCCCAGCGGAAAGAUUUCAUCUUCGUCAGUGCCAGGAAACGGGAGGCUUUCUGCCAGCUGCUGCAGCUGAUGAAGAACAGACAUUCCAACCAGGACGAACCGGACAUGAUUUCCAUCUUCAUCGGCACGUGGAACAUGGGGAGCAUCCCGCCGCCCAAGAGCAUCUCCUCCUGGCUGGCCUCCAAGGGCCUGGGCCAGACUCUGGACGAGACGACGGUCACCAUUCCCCACGACAUCUACGUCUUCGGCACCCAGGAGAACUCCAUGGGGGACAAAGAGUGGGUGGAUUUCAUGCGGGGCGUCCUCAAGGACUUCACCGAGAUCGAGUACCGGCCGAUUGCCAUGCAGUCUCUGUGGAACAUAAAAAUCGCUGUCCUCGUGAAGCCGGAGCACGAGAACCGAAUCAGCCACGUUAGCACCUCCAGUGUGAAGACGGGGAUCGCCAACACGCUGGGAAACAAAGGCGCGGUGGGCGUCUCCUUCAUGUUCAACGGCACCUCCUUCGGUUUCGUCAACUGCCACCUCACGUCUGGCAGCGAGAAGACCGCCCGCAACACCAGUAGCUGCCUCCUCCAGAGUAAGGACAUGGAGCCACCCAGCCUGACCUUUCAGCUCAGAGUGGCUCAGGAAGGAGGGAGAAAGAGAAAAGGGCUCGGAAGGGCCCUAUCUCACACAAAAAGCCACGUUUCCUUCUUGACACUCACCAGCCGCCGGUGGGUCUCCCCGUUUUUUUCAGCCGAGGAAGAGAUCACCUUCCCCCCCACCUACCGCUACGAGAGGGGCUCCCGGGACACCUACGUGUGGCACAAGCAGAAGCCCACAGGGGUGAGAACCAACGUGCCCUCGUGGUGUGACCGCAUCCUCUGGAAGUCCUACCCGGAGACCCACAUCAAUAGCAACUCCUAUGGAUGCACGGACGACAUUGUGAGCAGCGACCACUCCCCCGUCUUUGCCGCCUUCGAAGUGGGGGUCACCUCCCAGUUUGUGUCCAAGAAAGGUCUCUCCAAGUCUUCGGACCAGGCCUACAUUGAGUUCGAGAGUGUGGAAGCCAUCGUGAAGACCGCCAGCCGGACCAAGUUCUUCAUCGAGUUCUACUCCACCUGCCUGGAAGAAUUCAAGAAGAGCUUUGAGAACGACUCCCAAAGCAGCGACAACAUCAACUUCUUGAAGGUCCAGUGGUCGUCCAGGCAGCUCCCCACGCUCAAGCCGAUCCUCUCGGACAUCGAGUACCUCCAAGAUCAGCACCUCCUCUUGACCGUCAAGUCGUUGGAUGGCUACGAAUCUUAUGGCGAGUGCGUUAUCGCCCUCAAGUCCAUGAUCGGAAGCACCGCCCAGCAGUUCCUGACUUACCUCUCCCACCGCGGGGAGGAGACAGGCAACAUCCGCGGCUCCAUGAAGGUCCGGGUCCCGGCGGAGCGCAUGGGGACGCGCGAGAGGCUCUACGAAUGGAUCAGCAUCGACAAGGAUGAGACGGGGGCUGCCAAAGGGAAGCCGCCCCCACCGGCCUCACGGACCAACCUGGAGCACACCAAAUCCGCUGGCAGGAAACAUUCGCCGGGAGAGGCUGCAGCAGCCGGUCCUUCCGGGAAACUCGCGGAUGACCUGGAGAAGCCGAGUCUCACGAUGGCUGGCCGCCCCCCAGCCCCGCAUCGGGGCACGUCCAAAGAGGAGGCCUCUCAGAGCAGCGAGGUGGACUACUCCGGUGGCGGCGGGGGCGCUGCCGGCCACGGGCGGGAUCUGGCCGGCCGGCCUCCCUCCCACCCGCUGACCAAAGUGCGGUUGGACCUCCCUCACCGGUGCCUGCACCCGGAUUACAGCCGCCCCAUCGCCUUCCCGCCCCGUUCGAUCCGAGAGAGCAUUGAGGAGGACUUGGUGGAAGAGACUCUGGGCCAGGACGUGGGCAUCAAGGCCGGCCCCGGGGAGUCCAGCGUGGGCGAGUGGCUGAAGGCCAUCGGCAUGGAGAGAUACGAGGAGGGCCUGAUCCACAACGGCUGGGACGACCUGGAGUUCCUCAGCGACAUCACAGAGGAGGACUUGGAAGAGGCAGGGGUGAUGGAUCCCAACCACAAGGGCUUGCUUCUGGACCACUUGAGGCUCAGGAAGUAGGGGGCAGGAGGGGGUCUGGGGGCCUCUCUCCAUCCCCCCCUGACCCCUGCUCCCCCCCAACCAGGAGGUGCCUCUUCCCUUUUCGGCUUAGGAUCCGACCACCCACCACCACCCUGCAGGCACGCGGCCACUCUUGCUGCGCCAGGAGGGCGCCUCCCCCUGGAGGGGGGGCCCAGGGGCAUAGCUGCACAGGCAUCGAGGACGGCGUCAGGUCUUGGCACCCUGGAGGAAACUUUUGGGACAUCAUGAGAUGGCAGGAAACUGGGGGCGGGUUUGGGGGAUCUGGGUCUUGCACUCCCCCCCUUCUUGAUUGUGGAGCAAACGGGACCCAGCUGGCUGAGAGGGAAAACAGGGACCGAAAUGCAGGUGGUCCAGGUGAGGGUCACUCCCCAGCUGAGCAUUUCAAAGGAGCAUCCUUUAAAGCAAUCAAACCUUUCUCUUCCCUUCUUCUUCCCCAUGCGCCCCCCCCUUCCCGGUGCUGCUUAACUUAUUCUUAUUUAUUACACCAAAAGAAGGACUUCCGCGUUUUUCCCUCUUCAUUUUUCCUCUUCCUAGCAAAGCCACUUUUCCUCUCCUGCUCCUCCUGUGGCCUUUGAACCCAACGUCGUCGUAUGCAUGCACAUACCCACACCCCAUUUCCUCCGCUUGGGAAAGCCCUUCCUAUUUCACUCCAAUUCCUAGAAUUCCCCCACCUCCUCCAGGGAGCAAAACAUUUCGAGGGGUUCUGGAGAGCCGAGCAGAGGAGUCGCGGAAAACCCUUCGAGGUUCCUGUACGCUCUCCAGCUGGACAUUUGCCCCUGGCGAGCGGGACAGAUCUGCUCUGAAGAAGGGCAACUGGCUCAGGAAAAGAGAGCUUGCUGCAGUCCUUGGUCCCCGGAGCAGCCCCAGGUGCGAAUCUGCCGGGCUGCCACCUUGAGCUUUGGGCAUCGGGGGGGGGCGGGGGUAGAACGGGCCGCCAGUCUUACUGUGCCUCCUGCCCAGGGGCUGGUCGUCAAAUCACCGCCCUGGAAGAAGAGGGAGCCAAGGCAUAAGAGGACUGGCUGCCCGGAGCCCCCGUUUGCCUCCAGAAGGAGCGAGCCUUGAACAUCUCAAGCCCCACCAUCCCCACCAUCAUCCCCUCCUCCCAAAUCUUUUCCCUUCCAGCCGCCCUAGUCCAACCCUACCCGUGGGCUUCUCCCUUCCUGGAAGCUUUCCGUGGAGUUUGCUUUUCCAAACGGUUUUCCAGCUGGGUUUGUUUGUUUCUCCCCCCCCC